UAGAACAGUUUGACUGCAGGUCUGAAUCUAUGGGAGGUACUCAGUGCCAACUUUCAAGCCAUCUGUGAUCUGAUAUAAUCUCAAAGGCUACAGUAAUUUCUGCAUGCUCUACAACAAGAGUCUACCGAACAAGCAGAGUGCUUCUCCAGAUAGUGCUGCCCGAAGCUUGAACUCUUCCAAGAGCGGAUUCUGGAAAUCGUGUUCAGGAACGCAUCGCUCUUAUAUGGGUUGCGGCUCCGCUGCGUAUUUGUUGUGCAAUACAUACAUUUCGCCUGCUGCUUCAGACCCAUUGGUCGUAACCCUCACAGCUUUGUGCUCUCAGCAUGAGUGUCAUCCUUGUCUCCCCAUCCCAGACGGACUGGCUUUUCCGCCGAUGAUGUAUGCGAACCAGACUUUGCCUUGUCACACAGAGUUGCGCGACCAUACACCAUAUCAGCAGCCUGAAGCAAUGUGCACUAUAAAGUGCCUCCCGUACCUUCCCUGUCGUUCUUGUGUGAUGAUGGUAGAUGAUAGAUACAACGCUCCACUCCGUCGCAUCCUUAUAUCGACUUGGGCAUAGUCUUAUAAAAUCGGGUGUGCAUCAAAUAUGUACACAGUUGCACGCUCACAUACUUUCUGCGUUGCGUACGAGUGCGGAAGCUUCGUUCCUUUGCCGAAUUCGAUCCAAGGCUCGUCGAAUAUGCCUGAUGGUUCGUUGCCAGACAUGUUUCCUUUGAUAUCUAGUGCCGUCACUACAAUGGCGAUCGUACAAAGACAAAGCUGUUCAGAAUA